GGCAUAAUAAGGAGGGUCCGCUGGCAUACCGGGUGGGCCCAGAUCCCACUUCUCUUAGUGGGUGGGCCCGAGGGUCUCCUCUUACUGGGUAGGCCUGAAGGUUGAGGUCAACCUGGUGUCAUGAGAGUGAGUGAGAAGGGCAGGACCAUGCCUCCUUUCCUGCAUCUCGUCUAUAUGCGGCUCCUCUUCUUUGUUUUUGGCCUUUGUGCCAUACGGAUGCUGUGUGCCUGCGAUGAUGUAGGUGUGGCUGUACAAUUCGAUAAUAUUUUGGAAAGGGAAGCGAAGUCUAUUCACGAUACGGAAACAAUAUUAGGACCACAAGAUGAUACAGGUCAUUUCUUCUAUCCGAAAACCUGUAGAGUCAACGAGGGAGAACAAGUGGAACCGUGUCAAGGAAAUCAAGACCUUAAUAAGACCAUGUGUUUGAAAUCUAACUGCUGCUUUUCUUCAAAAGACAAAGAUGAAACAACAUCAUGCUAUACUCCCGUAGUAGACAAUGUCCAACUGACCCUUCGCUUUUUUGUCAUCGGAAUUGUAUGCUUGAUUCUGCUCGGAUGUCUUCCCAUUUGUUGCUGCAUCCUUUGUCAGCAAAGGUAUAGAACAGCUGUUUUUGUACCUUUCAUAAAAAAUACAGAAGAUGAAUAAGAUGUGAGGUACUUAUGGAAAUCCAUGAUCAAAUCCGGAAAUAUUAAGCAACAGCUCAUCACAUCAUCAAACAGCUCAUCAUACCAUGCUCUCCUCCCCCUUCCCAGAAGGUAAAAAAACUUACAGCUACUGAAUGGUACUCUCCUUUAAUCUUCGAUCUGCUCCCACGAUUUGGGAAUCCCCAAGCUUGCAUGGAAAGUACAUUUUGGGAACUUUGACAUGUGCUCAGAAGGAACCACAAACUCAGAAAAGACAUUUGAGAACCUAAGAUCCAGUUAUUUGGAGCCACCUGGGCAAAUGCAAAGAGUUAUCCAGGUGCUUUUUCUUUUUCCUGCUAUUUUCUACUCUUUAGGAAGAAAAAAAGGAAAAAGAUUUCCUUUGUAAGUCUUAGUUGGUCCAGAAGCAGUCACAGAUGACCAACCAAAGAAGUUCUUUAUGGAGCCUCAGACAGAUGCUGCGGCCACAUGUUUACAGACCUUCAUGGGAAGAUCAGAUGUAUUGGGAGAGCUCAUUAAACACACAUAUAAGAAUCACUCCACUUAUAUAUACUUUGUUUUUCUAACAAAAAUUAAAUUUUAUUUUCAAUUCUAAAUUCUCUCCCUCCCAGUUCCUGUUCUUUCACCCACUGAAAAGGCAAGAAAAGAAUUCUGUUACAAAUGAAGCAAGACAUGUCUCUAUUAGUCUUGUAAAAGAAGGAGAAAAAAAUAAAGAAAAAGA